AUGGCUCUUUCUGAGACGUGGGUACAGUUUGUAAUGGCCGCCACUCUUCCCUGCUCCACAGACCAGGCCAGCAUCCAGGCCGCCGCCCUGCCUGGCACUGACGGCUGUCUGGCCUCCCCGAGGGUCCCUGCAGGACUGGAAGCGGCGUGUGCUGGCGGGAGUGGUGCUGCGGUGGAGGUCGUGAGGCCGGGCAGCAGCAUGAGCGGUCGGCGGCGGCGGCAACAGCAGCAGCAGCAGCAGCAGCCAGCCUCAGGUGUGGGGAGGCACAGGCGUGGUGGCAAGAAUCAUCUGGAGGCAGGCAGCUCUGUCCACAGAGGAGAGAGCAAGUUUGAGUGCCAGCAGUGUGACAACACUUUUGUAUCCAGACAAGGCCUUAAGUACCACAUCCUGACACACAGUGGUGUUAGAAAUUAUGAGUGUGGUGAGUGUGGCAGGAAAUUUACCCAAAAGAGUCACCUCACCACACAUACCCUGACACACAGUGGUGUUAGAAAUUAUGAGUGUGAUGAGUGUGGGAAGAAAUUUAUCAGAAAGUCUACCCUCACCAGACACACCCUGACACAGUGUGGUGUUAAAAAUUAUGAGUGUGAUGAGUGUGGGAAGAAAUUUACCCGCAAGUCUUCCCUUAACACACACACCCUGACACACAGUGGUGUUAAAAAUUAUGAGUGUGAUGAGUGUGGGAAGAAAUUUACCACCAUUUCUCAUCUCAAUCAACACGCCUUCAGACACACUGGGGUGACGGAGUUCGAGUGUGAUGUUUGUGGCAAGUGUUUCAAGACAAAGGGUGAUAUUGCCAAGCACGUGAAGAUCCACUUCUGA